AUGUCUGAAACGGAAAUAAUCACUAAAUGUCGUUAUAAAUCCAUUCAGCACGUCAAGUCGUACCCUCUCGUCAAACAGACGCAUAGGUUUCUUGCGCAGCUGCCCGCUACUCGGGUAAUUUUGGCCAACACAAGACCAGUUUACAAACGCGUCGCAAGUUCAAAACCAGCUCAAUGGGUGUCGCCUGCGACACGCAUGGUGGACUCUAUAGCAGACCGAGGACUAGAAGCGACCGAUAAUUGGGUUCCCUGUUUAAAGACCAAAACGUACCAGGACUUGUAUCACGACGCUGCCACGCCGUUCGUUUACACCAAGGAUAUGGUAGUGAAGGUCACUGUCGCAGCUGCUGACGCCGCGGACAAUUACGUGUACGAGCCCACCCACACCCAAGUUAUCAGGUUUAGGAAGUUUUACAAUGCUAAGAUUUACGACACAAACGGGAAACCCUUGCUUCGGAGUUCGGUGGACCCGUUCGUCGCGCCUUACAACAAAAAGCUCGAGAAGAUGACGAAACAUCAUUUCCCAGAGGGGAAAGAAGUCCCUACUAGCGGAUUUAGCAGCGAAAUCUCACGCACCGUAGCGUUGACUGAUAAUUUGCUCCGUCGUAUGUCACCAGUGGCUCAAGAGAGGCUCGUGAAUUUUGUCCUAAUGCCAUGCAGAUACGCGCAGCAUGUCAACGCCGUUUUCAAUGAAAAUCUGGACAAACAAGAGAGUUUGAGUAUCAGCAACUCUUGGAGCGCGUCCAUUGGCGCCGUCACGAUUUUGCACAAGGAGUCUAUCGAGUACGUGAAACGGGUGAGAGGCAAGACGUCCAAAAAAAUUCAAGAACUGGACGUUCCGGUGGCUUCUGUUUGA